AUGUUCUCCCUGUCCAUGAUGGUGGGGCUGGUCCCAAUAGUGUCGCUGAUGGGUUUGUUCUACUCUGCAGCAGUGGAUGAGAACUUCCCUCAAGGCUGCACCAGCAGCAGCAGUCUGUGCUUCUACAGCCUGCUGCUGCCCGUCACCAUCCCGGUCUACGUCUUCUUUCACCUCUGGAGCUGGAUCGGGAUCAAGCUGUUCAGACACAACUAGGCCCUUCUGCACCCUUCAGUACAACUCGAUGCACCUUGCUUUCCCUAACCCAUUCUGUCCCUCUCUAGUUACAAAAAAAGGAAUGGUUCGACAUUGACCCGAGACGUUUGGAUACAAAGGAAAUGGGAUAAUUUGCAGGACAUGAGGCAGAACUAAACAAGACCUAAUGAUGGAAAGUCAUUGCUGCAAAGAAAUGUAGGAGAGGUGGGGGGUGUAAUAUUGUUCCAGUCACAAUGAAUAUAAAGAAAACAAGUCUGUAAAUGACAAAGGGAAUAUUUAAUUGGUACACUUUGUAUGAUUUAUGUACACUGCUAUGGAGGUGAAAUUAAUAAAGACAAUUAUAUUAACA